AUGGACCCAAUUCGACCAGAAUUCGAACUUUUGGACUCAGCAGGACUUGAGUACCACAGUUGGGUAGUUGAUGGCGAAACCACAUUCAUGGCAAUGGACUUCACCUCCACUAUCAAGCCAUCUGCUGACGCUGCUCCGGUAACUGAGAAAGAUAAAUCUAAUGCUCUUAUGUUCCUCAAGAGGCAUAUCGAUCUUAACCUGCGUUGGGGUUAUCAUCACUUGAAGACACCAAAAGAGCUACGGGAUGCCCUAGAUAGCCGUUUUGGGAAUAUUCAUGAUUCCUUAAUACCACAAUUGAACGUCCUGUGGAACGAAAUCCGCUUCCUCGAUUAUGCACGUAUGUACUUUUGUGGAAAGGAACUUACUGAUGAGGAAAUGAUUCAGAAAACCCUAUCGACCUUUCCCACCUCGUCCAUGAUACUAGCGAACCAGUAUCGUUUAGAGGUUGACAACAAAAGAAUCACCAUAUUCAGUAGGUUGAUAAACGUACUGCAAGUGGCCGAAAGGCACAAUGAGAUUCUUGUCAAUAACAAUGCCAGAGCUUUCGGGAAAAAGAAAGUUCUCGAAGCUAACCAUGGCAAGGUCAAUAAGGGAAAGAACCCCAAAGGAAAGAGGGCUCUACAAUCUAAUUCACAUCCCCAUGAUCCAUACCCACGUGGAGAUAACACCUCUCGUGGAGAUAACACCUCUCGUGGAAGAGGACGUAAGGGACAGAAUCGAGGUCGAGGACGUAAGGGUCACUCUAAUGUUUGGAACAAAGAAGGAAAUUUUGUCCAUAGUGGUAGUGAUCCUAAGUGUGGAAGUACCAGACAUUGGUACAAGCAUUGCAAGGCUAGUACCAAUGUAGCUGCGAGCUACAAAAAGUACCGGGAAACUCUCGAACAAGAGGAUCACUAUAUGGAAGAAAAUGAUGUGACCCCUGACGUCAACCUCACAAUUUCAGACUUCCUGGGCAAUGAGGACUUUGCCCCAACCAUGGAUGUGCCUGAUUUUGCUUGGGCCUAA